AUGAAGCUGUCGUACAUUCUCGCCUUUGCUGCUAUGGCCGCUGCCACGACUGCCAUCCCCACCAACGCUGCCUCAAUGACGGAGACGAAAGAACCCGUCAGGAACCUGCGAGCUAGCCGUCGACUUGGUGGCGGCGGCGGUCUUCUUGUUGCGAACGGCGAGGGCCCAGCAGCUCCAAGCCCGAGCACCACCAACCCGGGCAACGAGAAGCAGGUGACGCCGAAACCCGCGGAGCAGUUGACGCCGAACCCCGCGGAGCAGGUGACGCCGAACCCCGCGGAGCAGGUGGUUCAAAACGGCGGUCAACCAAACGGUGGCGGAGAAGACGUCAAGAGCGACGAGGAGAAGAAGAAGGAAGAGGAGAAGAAGAAGGAAGAGGAGAAGAAGAAGGAAGAGGAGAAGAAAAAGGAGGAGGAGAAGAAGAAGGAGGAGGAGAAGAAGAAGGAGGAGGAGAAGAAGAAGGAGGAGGAGAAGAAGAAGGAGGAGCAGAAGAAGGAGGAGCAGAAGAAGGAGGAGCAGAAGAAGGAGGAGCAGAAGAAGGAGGAGCAGAAGAAAGAGGAGCAGAAGAAGGAGGAGCAGAAGAAGGAGGAGCAGAAGAAGGAGGAGCAGAAGAAGGAGGAGCAGAAGAAGGAGGAGCAGAAGAAGGAGGAGCAGAAGAAGGAGGAGCAGAAGAAGGAGGAGCAGAAGAAGGAGGAGCAGAAGAAGGAGGAGCAGAAGAAGGAGGAGCAGAAGAAGGAGGAGCAGAAGAAGAAGGAGCAGAAGAAGGAGGAGCAGAAGAAGGAGGAGCAGAAGAAGGAGGAGCAGAAGAAGGAGGAGCAGAAGAAGGAGGAGCAGAAGAAGAAGGAGCAGAAGAAGGAGGAGCAGAAGAAGGAGGAGCAGAAGAAGGAGGAGCAGAAGAAGGAGGAGCAGAAGAAGGAGGAGCAGAAGAAGGAGGAGCAGAAGAAGAAGGAGGAGGAGGAGAAGAAGGAGCAAGAGAAGGUGAUUCAGGUCGCUCCGUUGCCAAACCCCCAGGACCAGGUGAUCCAGAGCGGUCCUUUGCCGAAUGUCGGUGGAGAGGGCGUCAAGACCUACAUGGAGAACAAGGAGCAGGAGAAUGUGACUCAGUUUGCUCCGUCGCCGAACCCCCAGGACCAGGUGAUCCAGAGCGGUCCUUUGCCGAAUGUCGGUGGAGAGGGCGUCAAGACCUACAUGGAGGAGACGGAGCAGGAGAAUGUGACUCAGUUUGCUCCGUCGCCGAACCCCCAGGACCAGGUGAUCCAGAGCGGUCCUUUGCCGAAUGUCGGUGGAGAGGGCGUCAAGACCUACGAGGAGGAGACGGAGCAGGAGAAUGUGACUCAGUUUGCUCCGUCGCCGAACCCCCAGGACCAGGUGAUCCAGAGCGGUCCUUUGCCGAAUGUCGGUGGAGAGGGCGUCAAGACCUACAUGGAGAACAAGGAGCAGGAGAAUGUUACUCAGUUUGCUCCGUCGCCGAACCCCCAGGACCAGGUGAUCCAGAGCGGUCCUUUGCCGAAUGUCGGUGGAGAGGGCGUCAAGACCUACGAGGAGGAGACGGAGCAGGAGAAUGUGACUCAGUUUGCUCCGUCGCCGAACCCCCAGGACCAGGUGAUCCAGAGCGGUCCUUUGCCGAAUGUCGGUGGAGAGGGCGUCAAGACCUACAUGGAGGAGACGGAGCAGGAGAAUGUGACUCAGUUUGCUCCGUCGCCGAACCCCCAGGACCAGGUGAUCCAGAGCGGUCCUUUGCCGAAUGUCGGUGGAGAGGUCGUCAAGACCUACGAGGAGGAGACGGAGCAGGAGAAUGUGACUCAGUUUGCUCCGUCGCCGAACCCCCAGGACCAGGUGAUCCAGAGCGGUCCUUUGCCGAAUGUCGGUGGAGAGGUUGUCAAGACCUACGAGGAGGAGACGGAGCAGGAGAAUGUGACUCAGUUUGCUCCGUCGCCGAACCCCCAGGACCAGGUGAUCCAGAGCGGUCCUUUGCCGAAUGUCGGUGGAGAGGUUGUCAAGAGCGACGAGGAGAAGAAGAAAGAGAAAGAGGCAAAGGAGGAGGAGAAGGAGAAAAAGAAGCAGGAGAAAGAGAAAAAGAAACAAGAGAAGGAAGAGGAGAAGGUGAGGAAAGAGCAGGAGAAGAAGGCGAAACAAGAGGAGAAGGAGAUGAAGAAACAAGAGAAGGAAGAGGAGAAGGAAAAGAAGGAGCAGGAGAAGAAGGCGAAGAAGGAGGAGAAGGAGCGAAAGGAGCAGGAGAAGAAGGAGCAGGAGAAGAAGGAGCAGGAGAAGAAGGAGGAGAAGAAGGAGGAGAAGAAAGAGGAGCAGGAACCGCGUCCUGAAACACCUGAGAACGAAAACGUGGGGCAGGAGUCACCGCUGCCCGGAACUCCCGCUCCCGAAGUCUCGACGCCUGCCAUUCCAACGCCUGAAGUUCCUACGCCCGUUUUCUCGACGCCCGAAAUUCCGGAGCUCGAGAACGUGGAGCAGAAGGCGCCGCUGCCCGGAACUCCAGUGAUCGAGAACGUGGGGCAGAAGGCGCCGCUGGUCUCAGAUCCGGCCCUCGGAUAUUCAGGGGGCGCGUAUCCGAUGCCUGUGGUUGUGUAG